AUGGUAUUCUUCAGUUUUGCCUCAUACUGUAAUCAAACCCAAAAUACUUUGUUUUUCAUACUUAUCUUCUUCACUUUGUUCAAUGUACUCUUCAAAAGUGUAGAGUCAGUUUCCUUCAAUUUUUCUAAUUUCAAACCAAACUUAUAUCUAAUAGAUUUUCAGGGCGACGCCUUUUCCUCAAAUGGUGUUUUGCAGCUAACAAAAAACCAACUUGAUGGCCCCAUCACAAGCAGUGUUGGUCGUGCCUCUUAUAGUCAACCGGUGAAGCUUUGGGAUAGAGGAACAAGUGAGCUCACAGACUUUACAACCCAUUUCUCUUUUGUAAUGAAAGCUGUUGAUCCAACAAUGUUUGGUGAUGGGUUAUCCUUCUUCAUUGCACCAUUUGAUUCUGUGAUGCCAAACAAUUCAGCUGGUGGAUACCUUGGUCUAUUCAGCCAGGAAUCAGCAUUCAACACUAGCCUGAAUCAAAUAGUGGCUGUUGAGUUUGACAGUUUCAAGAAUGAAUGGGAUCCAAGCUCUGAUCAUGUUGGAAUCAAUGUCAAUUCCAUUGUGUCAGUUACAAAUGUCACUUGGAAGAGCAAUAUUAAGAAUGGAUCAAUUGCUAAUGCUUGGAUAUCAUAUAACUCUACCACCAAAAAUCUCUCUGUCUUCCUUACUUAUGCUAAUAAUCCAACUUUUAAUGGCGAUUCUAGUCUUUGGUAUGUCAUUGAUUUGAGGCAAGUGUUGCCAGAAUCGGUAAGAAUAGGCUUUUCUGCUGCCACUGGUGCAUGGAUUGAAAUACACAACAUUCUGUCUUGGUCUUUCAAUUCAAACUUGGACAAUGGUAAAGGAAAAGGGGUCAAGAUUGGUUUGGUAGUUGGUUUAAGUGUGGGUUUGGGGUCUUUAACUUGCGUUGUAGGGCUAUUAUGGUUUUUCUUUUGGAGAAAGAGAAAUGGACAAAAUGGUGGAAAGGAGGACAGCACUGGUGUUGAUGCUUCUAUAGAUGAUGAAUUUGAGAGAGGAACUGGUCCAAAAAGGUUCACCUAUCAGGAACUAAGCAAUGCAACCAACAACUUUGAAGAAGCAGGAAAGCUUGGAGAAGGAGGAUUUGGAGGUGUUUACAAAGGUUUACUUGUAAACUCCAACCUUGAAGUAGCAGUGAAGAGGGUUUCAAAAGGAUCAAAACAAGGAAAAAAGGAAUACAUAUCAGAAGUGAGAGUAAUCAGCCGGCUAAGGCAUAGGAACUUGGUUCAACUCAUUGGGUGGUGCCAUGAACAAGGUGAGCUACUUCUUGUAUAUGAAUAUAUGCCUAAUGGAAGCCUUGAUUCUCAUCUGUUUGGAAAUAGAGUCAUGCUUUCUUGGACAGUAAGAUACAAGGUAGCCUUAGGCUUAGCAUCUGCUCUUCUAUAUCUUCAUGAAGAGUGGGAACAAUGUGUGGUGCAUAGAGAUAUUAAGUCAAGUAAUGUCAUGUUGGAUGCAAAUUUCAAUGCCAAGCUUGGUGACUUUGGUCUUGCAAGGCUAGUAGACCAUGAACUUGGCUCUCAAACUACUGUUUUGGCAGGCACCAUGGGGUACCUAGCCCCAGAGUGUGUCACCACAGGGAAAUCUAGUAAGGAGUCUGAUGUUUAUAGCUUUGGUGUUGUUGCACUUGAAAUCACAUGUGGUAGAAGACCAGUUGAGGUGAAAGAAGAGCCUGGUAAAGUUAGGCUUGUAGAGUGGGUGUGGAACCUCUAUGGAAAGGGGAAACUAUUUGAAGCAGCUGAUGAGAAAUUAAAUUUGGAAUUUGAGGAGCAGCAAAUGGAAUGCUUGAUGAUUGUUGGGUUGUGGUGUUGUCAUCCUGAUCAUACCAUGAGGCCUUCCAUUAGGCAAGUGAUAAGUGUCCUCAAUUUUGAAGCUCCUUUGCCGAGUCUUCCAUCCAAGUUGCCUGUCCCAUUGUACUUUGCACCUCCAAUGGAUAUGUGCAAAUUCUCCUACACUACUACAACUGAAGUUACAACCACAACAAAAGGAUCGUCCACAUACUCAUCAAUGUCUGCAGGGUCCAGAAAAUCUCUAUUAUAG